AUGGCCAACCAAAUAUCUGUGGGCGCCCUGAGCGCCAUGUUCGAUAACACGAAACAACAUGAUCCUCAGCCAAUACUGCAGUGUCUGCGGAUAAAACCAGUUGUUGUGCGGGAACAGGACCGUUACGGUGUGGUCUUUAGUGAUGUAAACCAUUUUGUUCGGACAAUGCUUCCUACCCAGUUGAAUAACUAUGUGACGGAUGGGAUACUUCGACGUGGUUCCUUCGUUCGACUGACCAAUUUCCAAGUGAGCGUUGUGAAAGGCAAACACCUUCUCAUAAUCAUGGGCCUUGACGUCCUCAGUGCGCUAGGCGAGGCGGAGAGAAUUGGAGACCCAAAACCUUUGGAACCAAAGUCCGGGGAUGAGAUGGGAGGCCAAUCCACCACUCUUUCUAGUAACGAAUUUUAUAAUGCACCACAGACUCACAAUCCGCCACAACACUUCCAAAAUGUUCAGCGACCUCGGCCAUCCGGCACGGCCCCCAAUGCGAACAUAUUCUCUAUCGAAGCUUUGUCCCCAUUCGCUAACAAUAAGUGGACUAUCAAAGCUCGUUGUACGCACAAAUCCAACAUCAAGACAUGGAAGAACACAUUUGGAGAGGGAAAACUUUUCAGUGUCAACCUGCUGGAUGACAGUGGCGAAAUCAGGGCUACUGCCUUCAAAGACCAGUGUGAUUUGCUCUACCCUGUCUUUGAAGAAGGUGCUGUUUACUAUAUCUCGAGUCCUUGCACGGUCAAGAUGGCAAAGAAAGAGUUUAGUAACGUGAACAAUGACUAUGAACUCACCUUUGAUAGGGAUACGGUCGUUGAAAAGGCCGAAGAUCAAAACGACGUUCCGCAGAUUCGCUUCAAUUUUACUAGCUUAGGAAAUUUACAGUCAAUUGACAAGGGAACAACAAUUGACGUGCUUGGGGUAUUGAAAGACGUUGAUACCACUUCACAAGUGACUUCUAAAACUUCAGGAAAACCAUAUGACAAGCGGGAGCUCACGCUUGUUGAUAAUUCUGGAUUUUCGGUCCGUCUAACAGUAUGGGGAAAUACCGCCACUACCUUUGACACACCGCCCGAGUCGGUUGUUGCAUUUAAAGGGGUUAAAGUAUCUGAUUUCGGAGGCCGCACUUUGAGUCUGCUAAGCUCGGGCACGAUAACAGUUGACCCUGAUAUUGAAGAAGCACACAGAUUGAAGGGCUGGUAUGAUGCUCAAGGAAAGGCAAACUCCUUCACUGCCUAUUCCUCUGGAGUCACUGGAGGUGGUGGUGGCUCGUGGCCCACUUUCAAGACCAUCUCUGAGAUUCGAGACGAAGAGAUUCCUAGUGCAGAUAGCUUUGAAAAUUUUGCGCUAAAGGCUACCGUAAUCCAUGUGAAAGACAACCUGUGCUACCCUGCCUGCCCCAACGAGGCAUGCAAAAAUAAGAAAGUGACACGGGGCGACUCAGAUCAGUGGCAUUGUGAGCGGUGCGAAAGGUCGUACGCCAACCCCAAAUAUCGUUACAUACUUUCACUCAAUGCCUCUGACCAUACUGGCCAAAUCUGGUUAAGCUGCUUCGACGAAGCUGGCCAGAUGAUAUUUGGCAUGACCGCGGAUGAAUUGAUGAGAAUCAAGGAGGAAGAUGACGCAGCUGCAAAUGAAAUAACUAAAGGAGCAACCUAUUGCACAUGGAAUUUUAAAUGUCGAGCAAAGCUGGACACCUACCAGGAGCAACAACGAACCAGGUACAAUGUUUACGCAGCUACGCCCAUUGACUAUUCUACAGAGGCCGACCAGUUAUCCAAAUUGAUCGCGUCGUACAGUAUUUAG